AUUGUCCGUACUAACUCCAACUCCUAUGCCCAGCUUCCCCGCGACAAAAACUGACCCGGCACUUCAAAUUACACCCGAUAUGUCACAAUCCGCUAUGGAGAUAUACCAGGUAAAAAUACCGGCACGCUUUCCUCUACAAGCCGGUUGUUUUCCUUCAAACUCAAAAAAAACGUCAACGUUUUUGCCUCGUGUAGCUGCUUUUUCAACCAGUUCACAUUCCCUAACGGAUAAAUCGGAAUCCGAAUCUCAGAAUCGGAUGUUCAUUCUCGGCAUGGGAUUUGUGUGUCAAUUCUUUGCACAGUCCCUUCAAAAAGAAGGCUGGGUAGUUACUGGAACUUGCACGAGCAAAACGAAGAAGAAACAUCUUGAGGAGAAGGGAUUUCAUGUUCACCUUCUUGAUGCAAAUCAGCCAGAAUUGAGCACUCUAAAUGCUUUGAAAUGUUACACGCACCUCCUGGUCUCAAUCCCUCCUGUUGGGUGCGCGGGUGAUCCGAUGCUUCAGCAUGAAGAACUUUUAAGAAGUACGCUGUUGGACGGAAAUCUUCAAUGGCUUUGUUACUUGUCAUCUACCAGUGUAUAUGGUCAUUGUGAUGGUGCUUGGGUGGAUGAGGAUUAUCCAACCAGCCCUACAAGUGAGCUAGCUAAAUUGAGGUUAGAUGCUGAGGAAGGAUGGCUAAAUCUGGGCCAAAGCCUGGGGUUUUCCACUCAAGUAUUUCGUCUUGGAGGUAUCUAUGGUCCUGGAAGAAGCGCUGUCGAUACAAUAAUUAAGCAAGAGCCACAGUCAGAAGGUCAGAAGAUGAGAAAAUCGAGGCAAUACACUUCCAGAGUUCAUGUUGAGGACAUUUGUCAAGCACUGAAGGCUAGUAUUUACACGCCAUCCUCCAGGGGAAUUUACAAUAUUGUGGAUGAUGACCCAGCUCCUCGUGAAGAGGUGUUUACAUAUGCAGAGGACUUGAUCAAGAAGAAGUGGCCAGGCCACACUAAAUGGAGCUCUAAUUCUGCUAGUGCUGCAUCACCUACCAAGAAGGAUAAUUCAAGAGGAGAUAAACGGGUUUCCAAUAUGCGUAUGAAGAGAGAACUAGGAGUGAGGCUUCUCCAUCCAAGUUAUAGAUCAGGAUUGCUAAGUAUUAUUGAUCAAAUGGAAAACCCAUUUCACUGUAGUCCAUGAAGUUUGUGAGUCACAAUGUUGUUGAUAUCCGAAACUGAAAGGAGCACAGGUUAUAGUCAGAAAGGUUGUGUGAGGAAGUAUAUUUGCUCUUUGUAUCAGCCCAUGUUUUGUGUCAAUAAAGAGUGAACAACACUCGUGGAGCGUCCAAUCAUUAGUUGAUCUUCUUGGUGCUCCGGACCAUUUGACAGCCAAAUUAUAAGGGAACUGAUUGUGAUCUUUUAA